AUGCCAAAGCCAUCAAAUUCUCGAGCUCAUAUCGCCGAGCUUGUUGCUCUUCGUAAAUCUGGGAAAAAGCGGUUGGAAACCUAUGAGAUACACCAGGAAGCUGAUCUUUACGAAGAGCUCGAUGAAGAAAGUUACAAAAAGGUUGUUCGUGACCGAUUAAAUCAGGACGACUUUGUCAUAGAUGAUAAUGGCCAGGGAUAUGCAGAUUACGGACGAGAAGAGUGGGAUCAAGUAUCACAGAAUUAUUCAGAUAGCGAAGAAGAACUUUCACUAAGUAAAGGUAGAAAACUAGAUUUACAACAGCGAGAGCAAGGAAAAGUUGAAACAGAGAAGGGUAUUAGUAACUACUUUGCUAGAGGAAUAGCUACAUCUAAAGCAAAGCCCAAGGCCGCCGUAACAAAAGACAAUGAAGAAUUUCUUAACGGUCUCUUAAAUGAAGUCGAAAAUAAUAUCUCUAAACCAAGUCUUUCAAAGCUUCAGCGACAAGGAAAAUUAAAUGAGAGAAGACGAGCAAGAGAACUUUCUCCCUCCGCAGAUGAAAUCAAAUCUCGGCUUCCUAAACGACCUAAAGUGUUUGAUACGAGAUCGCUAACCGGGUCAUCCGAGAAACAAGAUCUCUUUGAUGAUAACCUUCCAAAAGGAAUUGACAAGAAAGCUACGGCUUUACCUCCUGAUCUAACAACUUCGCCACGAAAAUCUCACGAUUCCAACCCACUCAGUCCUCCUAAUGAAGACGAUAGAGAAGACGAAAUUGAAGUUGCCCACCUAGAUGGAGUAACAUCCACCAACAUCAACAUAUCAGCAGUGCGGCCUCAACUAAAGCCUGUAAAAUCUCAGCCAGAGGACCUUCCUUCCUGCUAUAAUAGAAAGAUUCCAACAACUGAGAUUGAUACUCCUUGGAAUGAUAUUGGAGAAAAAUUAAAAGUCUUGAACAGUGGCUCGAAUCCAGAGGUAUUUCAAUUUGGAAAAUUAGACUACAAUGACGCAUUAGAGGAAGAUGGUAGCCUUCGUUUUUUUUGGAUAGAUUUUAUGGAAUCUAACGGCUCGCUAUGUCUCUUUGGUAAAGUUUUAGACAAAAAAACUGGGAAUUUCGUCAGUACAUUCGUUAAAAUCGACAACAUAUUGCGGAAGUUAUUUUUCCUACCCCGCAAACAAAAGCAAGGCUCAUCGGACAUGGUGGAUAUGAAAGAUGUCUAUGAAGAAGUGGAUAGUAUAAUGACGAAUCUCAAGAUUGGGGACCAUAAAAUCAAACCAUGCCAUCGGAAGUACGCUUUUGAAAUGCCAAACAUUCCAAAGGAGGGAGAAUACCUAAAGCUAUUAUAUUCCUAUUCAAAGCCUCAACUUCCAAGUAAUCAGCACUCGGGACUAACAUAUUCACACGUUUUUGGUACAAGUACAUCUUUAUUUGAACAGUUCGUUCUGUGGAAGAGUAUAAUGGGGCCAUGCUGGCUACAGAUCGAAAAUGGAGAAUAUGGAGUGCUCAAAAAAGCAUCUCAUUGUAAAUUAGAAGUUCAGUUAUCCGAACCAAAAUUUAUUAACAUCGCUGGAGGUAAUGAAGCCCUUCAAAUACCGCCACUAACGCUGAUGAGUAUAACUAUUCGAACUCUGUUAAACAAGAAAGAGAACAAACAGGAAAUUCUAGCUAUAAGUGCGCGGAUAUAUCACAAAAUAUCCAUUACAGAUACAGUUGCACCUGAGAAAAUACCAAGUCACUCGAUAACUGUUCUUCGGCCCUCUCAAACCAUGUUCCCAAUAGGAUUCGAAGCUGAAGCUGCAAAACAUACCAAAGGAUCCAUAAAACUUGUGAAGCAUGAGAGGGAAUUGUUAAGCUUUUUCUUAGCUCGAUUGGCCCUUGAUGAUCCUGAUGUAUUGAUUGGUCAUCAGCUAGAAGGUGUAGAUUUCAGGAUUUUGCUAAGCCGUCUUCUGACCAACAAAACGCCUCAGUGGUCCCGAAUUGGAAGGAUGAAUCGAACCCAAUGGCCUAACUCAUUGGGUACCAUGGAAGGAAACUUCUUUGCUGAAAGAUCAUUGCUCGCUGGUCGCCUCUUGUGCGAUCUUGCGAAUGACAUGGGAAAAUCUAUAAUGACUAAGUGUACUUCUUGGAGCUUGACCGAAAUGUGUAGCCUCUAUCUUUUGAACGAUAGUCGUCGAGAUGUCGAAAGUGAAAUUGCUAUGAAUACGUGGGCUACUACUAAGGGGGGGCUAAUGGAUUAUGUCCGACAUUGCGAAGCCGAUACGUAUUUUAUAGCAGCCUUAGCAAUGAAUAUACAAAUGCUUUCACUCACAAAAGUUCUUACCAACCUAGCUGGAAAUUCAUGGGCUAGGACGCUUACUGGAACUCGAGCCGAAAGAAAUGAAUACAUCUUGUUGCACGAAUUCCACAAAAACAAGUACAUCUGUCCCGAUAAGUUAUCAUCAAGAGGCAGGAGUAGGAUUGAAAUCGAAGAUCCUGAUGAAAGCUCAUUAACAAGUAAGAAAGAUAAGUACAAAGGCGGGCUCGUUUUUGAACCUGAAAAAGGUCUGUAUGAUAAAUUUGUCUUGGUCAUGGAUUUCAACUCCCUGUAUCCUAGUAUUAUACAGGAAUACAAUAUAUGUUUUACAACAGUUGAGAGGAGCAGUUUGCCUGAUGAUGAUGAAAGCGUUCCUGAUGUGCCCAAGGACCAAGAACUUGGAAUCCUCCCGAAACUAAUCGCUACUCUUGUUAGCCGUCGACGGCAGGUCAAAAGCCUCAUGAAAGAUAAAAACGCAACCAGUGAACAGCUAGCGACCUGGGAUAUAAAACAACUUGCUCUCAAGUUGACAGCGAACUCAAUGUAUGGAUGCUUAGGUUAUAGAAAGUCAAGGUUCUACGCUAGACCACUCGCUGUCCUCACUACGUACAAAGGCCGAGAAAUUUUGCAGAGCACAAAAGAGUUAGCUGAAUCAAAUUCUUUUCAAGUUAUAUACGGCGAUACUGACUCUGUCAUGAUCAACGCAAACGUUAGCAAUAUCGAAGAUGCACUCAAAGUUGGGAAUGAGUUCCGAAAAGCCGUGAAUGAGCGGUACAAACUCCUUGAGAUAGAUAUAGACAAUAUUUUCCGACGUAUAUUACUGCAAGCUAAGAAGAAAUAUGCUGCAAUUAAUUUAGUGCAAGUCGAGGGGCGAUAUGUCGAAAAAUUAGAGGUCAAAGGUCUCGACAUGAAGCGCAGAGAAUAUUGCAACCUCUCAAAGGAAGUAUCUUCUCGGCUACUUAAAGAAAUACUUUCUGGUGAUGAAUCAGAAAUAGUUAUAACUCGCAUUCAUGAUUACCUUCGAGAAGUUUCGGAAAAUAUGCGAAAUGGUGGCGUACCUAUUAGCAAGUACACUAUCUUUACUAAGCUGGGAAAAUCGCCAAAAGAUUAUCCAAACGCAGAAACUAUGCCUCAAGUCCAGGUUGCGCUUCGCGAAAUGUCUAGGGGAAAAACUGUACGCAAGGAUGACGUCAUCUCAUAUAUAGUUACCACUCAGACUGGCGAUAACGCUGUGCCAGUAGCAAAGAGAUCUUACUCGCCGCAAGAUUUACUCAAGGAUAGUUCUAAUUUGAGCCCUGAUUUUGAAUGGUAUCUUUACAAGCAGAUAUUUCCGCCAGUAGAACGCCUGUGUGCAAACAUUUCUGGCACAGAUACAAUUCGCCUAGCCGAUUGUCUUGGAUUAGAUGUAAGAAAAUAUCAAAUCAACAAUAAUACUUCUGCUAGCAGCCAAGGAAUUGAUAUCCAUCCUCUUGAAAGUCAGAUUGAUGACGAAACGCGCUUCAGAGAUGCGUGCCGUCUUACACUAAGAUGUCGUCUUUGUAAGGUAAGUUUUAUAUUUGAAGGCUUAAAAGGGAGUCAAAAACAUUGUCAGCCUGAGGGUAUAUUUUGUGCCUGUGGCCAUCGUUUGACAGAUACUUCGGUCAUGGCUCAGGUAGAGAAUCAAAUUCGACAACAAACCUGCAAAUAUUAUGAGAGUUGGCUCAUAUGUGAUGAUCAGGCUUGUGGAAAUCGGACUCGGCAAAUGAGUGUUUACGGUCAUCGGUGCCUUGGUCCCCAGGCCCUUGGUAAAGGCUGUUUAGGGAAAAUGCGAUACGAAUAUUCUGAGAAAAUGAUUUACAACCAGCUUUUAUAUUUUAUGUCUUUGUUUGAUGUUGACAAAGCAAAAGAAAAGUGCACUGAAGCUGAGAAAGAACAAAUAACAGCACUUGCAGAGCACAACCGAGAUAGAUUCGGAAUACUGAGAGGAAUCACUAAUGGGUAUUUAGAUAAAUGUGGACGGCAGUGGGUCUCCAUGGACAGUCUUUUUGGAAGGCUUGGAUUUUAA